AUGGCAUCAGAGCGGAAUCGCACCUACGCUGCCGCCGUCAUGAUGGAAGAAGCUGGAAACAAUAAUCCGAUGGAGAAUGCGGCAGGAUCUUCAAAUCAGAUGGCAACGAACCCUAAUCAGGGGGUGGAAGAGUUUGAUGAUCCUUUGUAUCUCCACAUGACGGAGAAUCUGAACUUGAGUUUGGUCUCUCCGCCAUUAACCGAGCUUAAUUACGCUUCCUGGGGCAGAUCGAUGAGGAUCGCUUUGGAAGUGAAGAAUAAAUUUGGAUUCGCAACUGAUGCGAUUCCGAUUCCAGAUGAAGCCGAUCCUAGGAUAGCAUCAUGGAGGAGAUGCAAUUGUAUUGUUUCCUCGUGGAUCCUUCGAUCGAUUAGCCCUGGAAUUGCAGACAGUGUUAUGUAUUUUGAUAAAGCAUCUGAUAUUUGGAAAGCACUUGAGAAGAGGUACUCCCAGUCGGAUCCUCAUAAAAUUGCUGAAAUCCAGAAUGAGGUAUUCAAGGUUGUUUAA